AUGUCGUCUGAGUCAUGGCCUCCACCACUGAAGGAAUGGGUAGCACGAUGUCUGGGGCAAAUGACAGAUGCUAAUAGGGCAGAGGCUCAGGCUGAGCUGAGAGAGUCAAUUGCUAACGCUUUCGCUGAAAAGACUCUAUGGACAACCGACUGGGCUGGUGUACAAUUAAAAAGGUGCGGUCUGAGUUCGUCGCAAGCUGAUCUGAUGCCCAAAGCUCCCCCGGUGCUCAAUACCCUCAAGCGCAAAAUGAAUGACACUCCACCGAUGAGCAAGAAAGCAAAGAAAGCUGCGGCGCAGAAGCGCAAUGAUGCCAACCUCGACUUCGGGGAUCAGGCGGCUCUUAAUCGCCGAGCCGAACGUUUUCAGCGGGAACAUGAUAUAGAGCGACAGAAGAGUAUGCGUAGUCAGGCCUCUCUCCAGGCUAAUAAUCAGAAUGCUCACCUCUUCAACCGGAUAUCACGUUCUGACUCGCCGAGUGCCUUUGGUACUAAUCCUGACGACCCUGAGGCGGAUCCCAACGUGCUUGACUGGGAUAAGUAUACAAUCGUUGGGACGAAUCAGGAGUUAUUUAAGGACUAUCUGCGUCUUACCUCAGAACCAAAACCAGAAACGAUCCGCCCAUACUCAGUUCUCCAACAGACACUCGUCGAACUCAAGAAGCGCUGGAAGGACAAGGUGUCAUAUAAUUGGAUAUGUAAUCAGUUUAAGAGCCUGCGGCAAGAUCUCACCGUGCAACGAAUAAAAAAUGAGUUUACAGUACAGGUAUAUGAGAUCCAUGCACGUAUGGCACUCGAAAGCUCGGACAUGGUAGAAUAUAACCAAUGUCAGGCAACACUUAAGAAUUUAUACGACCUCGGCAUACCAGGCAAACACGAAGAAUUUACCGCCUAUCGUAUUCUCAUGCUCCUGCAUGGACGGAAUAAAAGCGAGCUUAAUCUCUACGUAGGUACGCUAACACCACGACAGAAAAGGGAUCCCGCAGUGCAGCAUGCACUUCAGGUCCAGCGCGCUAUCUCCAUGGGCAACUACCAUGCUUUGUUUGAGAUGUAUUUCAAUGCACCAAACAUGGGGGCGUAUAUUAUGGAUUAUUUCAUUGAUCGGGAGAGGACCAGGGCGUUGAUGACUAUGACAAAAGCAUACCGCACAAUAACAGUGUGCUUCAUCCAGAAUGAGCUCGGAUUUGAAUCAGUGUCGGACACACUCAAGUUCUUAGGAACGCACGGUUCUGCCUUUUUCGUCAACCCGAACGCCCUCGAUCGGGACAAGACGGUGGAGUGUAAAUCUGCUGCACCACAGUUGGCACAGGUUUACGAGGAGAAAUACCGCAAGGUUGGGAUCAAGGGUGCAAUAUAGUCUGCCUCAUGCACACUGGCGCAUCCCCUUUCUGCUUCCAAUAUCUUCCUUACCUCUCUUAUCCUCCUGCAUCGCUCCCCGUGUCACCUGUCUGUCUCUUCCGUCCCAUUCACAUGUCGUCAACUUCAUCUUGUCCGCUCGAUCUCACCUGGAUGGUAUACCAUAGAAGGAGGAGAGAUAACGAUAAUUUAUAUAUCGCAGCGACUACUCCGUUCCCCAGCCUUUCCUCAGGCCUGUUUCUUCUCUCACCACAGUCACAACACAGUCUUCAAGCCUCACGUCAAGAGAACCAUGAACAGAACACGGUAUAGAGUCUUAUUCUUGGCGUCUUGCAAUUGUAG